AAACCACAUACUAAUGACCGAAAUUUACAUGAUAAAGGUCUAAGUGCCCUGCAAUCAAGUGUUCAUUUGCUCAAAAUCAACCAGCAAUCCUUCCACAAACUAUCAUCAUUCCUAACCUUAGAAGCAAAAGUUGGCAAGGUUGAAGAAGCCUCAAUUUAGUAGUUUACUAGUUAAGGCAGAGGUCUUGGGAGUUAAGACCCAAUUUAUUAGCUGUUCCAAAUUCGUUAUGGAGAGCCUUUUCUACUGCUACCCUCUUGCACUUGUUCUGAUGCAAUGCUGUUUCAUUAUUGUCACUUCCACAGCCAUGAUAAGAACAGAUGUUGCAACCGAUCGAUCUGCUCUUUUAGCCCUCAAAGCCCACAUCACUUCAGAUCCUCACCAAUUCUUGUCAAAGAACUGGUCUUCAAAUGCUGCUGCAGCUUCUUCUGUUUGUGACUGGAUAGGAGUCGAGUGCGGCUCUCGGCACCUGAGAGUUACUGCUUUGAAUAUUUCAAGCAUGGGACUUGCAGGCACCGUUCCUCCAGAAGUGGGGAACCUCUCUUUUCUUGUUUCUCUUGACAUGGGAAGUAACUACUUCCAUGGAAAUCUGCCCCAGGAGUUGUCACGCUUACGCCGCCUCAAGUUCAUCAGUUUAAGCUCCAACAACUUCACUGGGGCCAUUCCAAUGUGGGUUGGUCACUUUCCAGAACUUCAAGUCUUGGCUUUGUACAACAACGAUUUUACUGGCCUAAUUCCUUCUUCUAUCUCUAACCUGUCAAAACUCGAACAUCUGGAUUUUAGGGGAAAUUCCCUGAGAGGGCAGAUUCCUGAACAGAUUGGGAACCUCCAGAGCUUGAAGUUUCUGAAUCUUGAAAGCAAUCAGCUCACUGGUUCCAUACCCUUGUCCAUCUUCAACAUCUCAACCAUGGAAAAAGUUGGAUUCACUUUUAACAACUUAUCUGGAACUCUUCCUGUUUAUCUUUGCCGCCAUCUUCCAAAUCUCAGUAGGAUUGCUCUAUCUUUCAACCAGAUACAUGGUCAAAUCCCAUCAAGUUUAUCUCAAUGUUCACAACUUGAGAUGCUGUCACUCUCGGACAACAAUUUCAGUGGAUCCAUACCAAAAGAAAUUGGAAACUUAGAGAUGCUUGAGGGCUUAUACCUCGGAACCAACAAUUUACAAGGGCUCAUUCCACGAGAGAUCGGCAAUCUUAGGAACCUCAAGGAAUUUGGCAUAGAAAGAAACCAAAUCACAGGCUCUAUACCCAGAGAAAUUGGGAAUUUGACCGAGCUUACAUUGAUUGUAUUUGCGCACAACUUCUUAACAGGUGUAAUACCAGAAGAGAUGUCCAACCUUCACAAACUGGAGGCACUUUAUUUAAUAUUCAAUGAGUUAAAUGGCUCAAUACCGGUUGGGAUCUUCAACCUCUCAACGUUGAGUGUGGUUUCAUUGGGAUUCAAUCACCUCACAGGCAAUCUUCCUUCAAAUAUUGGUUACCAAUGGCCAAAUUUAGAAAAGUUUCAUCUUGACGGAAAUAACAUCGGUGGAAUUAUGCCAGCUUCUAUUGUAAAUUGCUCUAAAUUAACCAUUCUAUCCCUUCCAGGAAACCGAUUUACUGGCUCCAUUCCAAACUCCAUUGGGAAUCUUGAACUCCUGGAAUCUCUAUUUCUUUCUGACAACAAUUUGACCAGUGAUCCUACAUCUUUGGAGCUGGAGUUUCUUACUUCGUUGACAAAUUGCAAGCAUUUAAAGACUUUAGAGCUAGCUGAAAAUCCACUUAACGGGGUUCUUCCAGCUUCCAUUGGAAAUCUUUCUACAUCCCUACAAUAUUUCAAUGCAAGAGCUUCUAAUAUCAAAGGCCCCAUCCCAAGAGAAAUUGGCAACUUGAGCAGUCUACUCUUGAUUUCUCUAGAAGACAAUCAGUUAACUGGAGAUAUUCCAAGAACAGUCCAAGACUUACAAAACCUUCAGGUGCUGUCUCUCAUGAGAAACAAACUAGGGGGCAGUCUAGAUAGUUUCUGUAAGAUGCACAGCUUAUCUGAGUUAUAUCUUAGCCAAAACCAAAUUCCAGGCAUUAUUCCAGAUUGUUUUGGCAAUAUGACAUCUCUCAGGGAUAUUUACCUUCGCUCCAACUUAUUAACCUCUACUAUUCCUAGAAGCUUGUGGAAAUUAAGAGAUCUCUUAGUGCUUGUCCUGGCCUCAAACUCCUUAAUUGGCUCAUUGCCUCUCGAGGUUGGAAAUUUGAAGGCUGCCAUAAAUAUUGACAUGUCAAUGAAUCAAAUCUCUGGGGAGAUUCCUUUGACAAUGGGAGAUUUACAGAACCUCCAAAACCUUUCUUUGGCAGACAACCAGUUGCUAGGAUCAAUUCCUGAAUCUUUUGGAAACCUGUUCAGCUUAACAUCCCUAGACUUGUCAAAUAACAGCCUUUCUGGUUUGAUCCCAAAAUCAUUGGAUAAACUUCAAUCCUUGAAAGUCCUUAACCUUUCUUCUAAUCAUUUGAGGGGUGAAAUUCCCUCGGCUGGUCCUUUCAGAAGCUUCACAAGUGAAUCCUUCAUUUCCAAUGACGCUCUGUGUGGCGAUCCAAAAUUUGAUGUUCCACCAUGCCAAACCAAUCCACAACAUGGAUCAAAAUUGAAAAGGGUGCUUUUAAUUACACUUUGCUUACUGGGGAUUGCUAUUGUGGUCGUCUUAGCCUUGGCCGUUGUAUUCAUAAGAUUCCAGAGGAAGAAAAAGGUUCCAAGUGCAACAGAUUUCUUUCCUGGUGUAACCAGGAAAGAAAGAGUUUCUUAUUAUGAGCUGUUACAAGCAACUAAUGGGUAUGGUGAGAGCAAUUUAAUUGGCUCUGGGAGUUUUGGAUCAGUUUAUAAAGCGACUCUAGGUGAUGGUAGGUCAGUGGCUGUAAAAGUAUUUAAUUUGCAACUAGAAGGUGCAGAGAAGAGUUUUGAUGUGGAAUGUGAUGCACUCUGCAACCUUCGCCAUCGAAAUCUCGUGAAAGUCAUCAGCAGUUGCUCUAAACAUGAUUUCAAAGCCUUGGUCCUUGAAUACAUGUGUAAUGGGAACCUUGAGAAAUGGCUGCACUCUCCUAACUAUUUCUUGAAUGUCUUCCAAAGAUUGGACAUUAUGAUAGAUGUGGCAAGUGCUUUGCAAUAUCUGCACCAUGAAUACUCGACACCUGUGAUUCACUGCGACUUGAAACCAAGUAAUGUCCUCAUUGAUGAAGAUAUGGUCGCCCAUGUAAGUGAUUUUGGUAUUGCAAAGUUCUUGGGAAAGGAGGAGAGCACUGCAUUAACCAAGACCUUAGCAACAAUUGGUUAUAUGGCACCGGAAUAUGGAUUGGAAGGAUUAGUGUCAACAGCAUGUGAUGUCUACAGCUAUGGAAUCCUGCUAAUGGAAGUCUUUACGGGAAGAAGGCCUAGUGAUGAAAUGUUUGAUGGAAAUAUAAACUUGAAGAGUUGGGUAAAAGAUUCUAUGCCUAAUGCAACUGUUCAAGUUAUAGAUGCAAAAUUGUUGAAGCCUAAUGAAGAACGAUAUGCAGAAAAGUUGGAAUGUUUGUCGUUAAUCAUGAGAUUGGCCUUAAAUUGUGUUCCUGAAUCUCCCAAGGAAAGGCUCAGUAUGAAAGCUGUUGUGGAUACAUUGCAUAAGAUCAAGCUAAGAUAUCUUGAGUGUCAUGUCACGGACGUAAAUAAAUAAAGAAUGCAAUAUUCCAAAGCAUCUUUCUGUACGGAUUAAGAAACUAUAUAGUAAAUAAGUUUCUCAAAUCUUUGGGGGAAAAAGCCAACUUGGAUCGUUUUCUCUGAUCCCCAAAACCCUGUUUGUUUGAAUCUGUAAUUUUACUUGCAAUUUACUUCA